GCAUGCACAGAUUGCUGGUAGAUCAGUAGAUGAAUGUGCUACGUAAGCCUAUGUACGGAGUGUCGAAGACGGUGCCAGGCCGGAGAGCGUUGGAAUAUGUUGUGGCGUUCCAGUCAGUUGCCAUGCUGCAGAGUGCGGCGGCCAGCGGGGAGCCCAUUCUUGGCUUUGGGGGAGCCGGAAAAAGAAUAGUUAGGAAAUGGAGACCAGGGGCUUCCUCGCCGAGUCGCGACCGCCAUCACCCCUCCGCUCGCCGAUCCAGAUUCCAGGCCAUCUUCUGGCUUUGGACUCUUCCCCGUCUGACGAGUCCAUUUUCGGCCUUCACUUUUCCAGAAGCAUAUGCUCCAAGCAUCGCGGGUAGCGCUGCCUGUUCUGCCCUCGUGCGACGUCAACGCGUGGCGGCAGGGAAAUACUUGUAUAAGACAUGCACCCUUCUGUGCAUUCCUGUGGUAACAUUGAAUAGUGAACACGAAUAUAAUAUGUGGGACACGGACGUCGCUACGGCAUACUUGCACUCACUAAAGUUAUUUUCAGUGCAUGCUGCAUAUUGCAAGUGUGGCAAUGACCCUGCGAAGUACGACGGUAGCUCGACGGGACUCGUGACCGUGUCAAGCCAUUUGUCGGCUUCUCGAUCUUCUGGGACAGUCAUCUACGGGAGCAUGGGUAGGGAGGGCUUUAAGUGGAGUGGCGAUAGUAAUAGGUCAAUGCCGUACAAAUUCCAAUGCCCACCCCCAAUCCUGGUAUCAUCGCGUUCUCGUACAUACGUGAAGGAACAACGCUCUGGGUUGCUUGAUCGGUGGCUUGGGUCAGCCUUCGCAGUGUAUUCCCCCGCUCGAAGCACACAUACUCCGUCCGCGGCAAAGCGCCACAGCGUCAACCUGAGUCGACCAUCAAGCUACUGUCAAGCUGAGGCAGGCUCAAGCCCAAGCGCCAAGAAGCUACAAGGGUCAUCAAUUGGUGAUCUCGCCGACGGUCCUAGGCGUCGUUCAUGCAACAAUACAGCCGCUGAGGGUGCUGGAGGCAUGACGCACCAGUAAAGCGCCGGAGCGUUGAAGCAUCGAUCAUCACAUGAAGUACAGAAUUAGCGCAUGAGCAGCAAGCCAUAAAGCGCAGGCGGCAAGAUCUUGCGCAAUGACAAGUAAAAGCCACACCUGCAGACCGCAUUGUGCAUUCGUGAUGCGUCAACGCGUCAAAG